CGCUCCGCUUCCUUCAUGCAGCCAAACACACGGCGAGGCAGGCGCGGAGGUGCGGCGGCGCGGACGUAAAACGAAACCAAUUGAAGCCCGCGUGCGUGAAGGCGGUUCGAGGCGGUGCACAAAGAUGAUUAAUUAGUAAAAAAAAAAAAAAAAACACAAAGCCGUCGGUAACCGGACGCCGCAGCUGAUCCGGGCUCGGGGCUCAACAGAGGACACCGGCGCAUGAGGAGGUUAUGUUUUUUUUUUUCAAGACAAGGCCAGUUUUUAUAGGCUGCAGCGCCAGUGAGGCAGCUCUGUUGCGCACUGGAAGCCCAGAAUUCAAUUGGUGGAACCAGGAGGGGAGCCCCGGCCUUUUCCACUGCAGGAGGAGAAGAGUUGGAGGAAACGGAGAGAGAGAGAGAGAGCGAGAGAGACGCCGCUGCCAAGACAGCAGCAGCAGCCUGCGCAGUUUAGAAAGAAAACGGCACUGCCUCCUCUGCUGCACGGCAUGAGGGACUUCACCCAAACUGCGCACUGACUCUGCAGGAUGCACCGCUGCAGCUGCGUAGUUUGUUAAAGACUGAGAGACGCAAGCCUGUUCCGGACCAGGGCAGGAAUUUGACCGACGAGCUCGCUGACCAGAGCUGCGACAUUUCCUUUCCCCACUAAGCGUUUUCCUCAUUACUUCCCUCCGGCGAGCCCUGCGCUUUGGCCUUGCGGCGGACAUGGGAAAUGUAAACAGUAGUCGUGCUGGAUUUUAAACUACGCACACGUUCCACGUCCUCCUCCCGCCCCCUCCUCCUCCUCCUCCUCACGGGGCGUCCGAGAUGGAGACGAGGGUCGAGCCGGAGCAGGAGGGAGAGGCAGAGCCGCACAUGCACAGCGUCCACGGAGCCAACCGGAUCCGACCGUCCUCCUACCGGGCCCUGCGCAGCGCCGUGUCCAGCCUGGCCCGCCUAGAUGACUUCAGCUGCGAGAAGAUCGGCGCGGGGUUCUUCUCCGAGGUUUUCAAGGUGCAGCAUCGCGUGUCAGGCCAGGUGAUGGCUCUAAAGAUGAACAUCCUGGCCAGUAACAGAGCCAACAUGCUCAGGGAGGUCCAGCUCAUGAACAGACUAUCCCAUCCUAACAUACUCAGGUUUAUAGGGGUGUGUGUCCAUGAGGGGCAGCUCCACGCUCUCACAGAGUACAUCAACGGCGGGAACUUGGAGCAGCUGUUGGGCAGCGAGGUGUACCUGUCUUGGAGCGUACGGCUCAGGCUGGCUCUGGACAUCGCCCGGGGACUGCAGUAUCUGCACAGCAAGGGCAUCUUCCACAGGGACCUCACCUCCAAGAACUGCCUGGUACGCUGGGAGGGCGGCGUGUGCUCGGCCGUGGUUGGAGACUUUGGUCUAGCGGAGAAAAUCCCAGAUUACAGUGAGGAAGAAGACCAGGAUCCCCUGGCUGUCGUCGGCUCCCCCUACUGGAUGGCCCCAGAGGUGCUCCGAGGAGAGGUGUAUAAUGAGAAGGUGGACGUGUUUGCAUUUGGGAUCAUCCUGUGUGAGAUAAUUGCGAGGAUACAAGCCGACCCUGACAUCCUGCCACGCACUGAGGACUUUGGUUUGGAUGUGGAGGCCUUUCAGCAGAUGGUGGGAGACUGUCCUCCAGAAUUCCUGGAACUGGCCAUCGCCUGCUGUAAUAUGAAUGCAAAGCUCCGUCCCUCCUUUUCCCAAAUCGUAGCAGAGCUGGAGAGGAGACAGGCUGAGAGGAAACGGAAGGACGAGCCAGCGGUCAAAGCUGUGUCUCUAGCUAUUGGCCCUCUGCGAAGACGAUCCCUCUGCCUCCCAUCAGAUCCUCGCCUCUCCCGCAGCAAAUCCGACAUGCUCCACCCCCCGGACACACCCCCCUCCGUCAACCUGGCACCUCCCGCUCGUGUCAACCCCUUCUCUCAGAGAGAGGACCUCAAAGGUGGCAAAAUCAAGCUGUUCGACACUCCCAGCAAGUCGGUCAUCUCCCUGACCUUCACCCUGCCCCCGCCACCAGACUGUGACGACCCCUCUGCGACUCAGACUGACGGCGCUGACCUGCCCAGGGGGCACAGACGCUGCCACUCGCUGCCUUGUACGCCUCCGCCUCACCUCACUUCGGCGCCAAACACUGUCCUCACCGAGGAGGAUUCCCCGUCUGAGAUAAACGGUGAGACAAAUGGAGAGAGCGAGGAAGACAGACUGUUAGGAGAAGAGAGGGAGCUCAGGGAAGGGAGUGAGACUAACCUGGCAGGUGAAUCAGGUCUUCCUCUGACCCUUGAGCCCUUGUCACUGGACCUGCUGGACCAAGAGGAGGAGGAGGAAGAGGGGGAAGAGGAGCCCAUGGACUGCACCAGCUCUCCGGACACACAAGACAGCCCUUCAUCUCCUUACUCCAAACACUCCCCUCCUCCCUCGCAGUCCUCCACCCCCCUUCAAUCCUCCACCGCUCCCUUUUCUAACGGCUGGGGGUCUGCCAUCUCAAACGGGCCGCCAUGUCUGCCUCCCCUCUCUCAUUU